UGGUAGACGGUGCAGUGACGAGACAGCAGAGUGGGGCUGAGACGACGAUGGCAGAGGGGCCGGAUGAGGCCCGAGGCCGCCCUCCCGGGCAGGGCGACGGUGGAGGGGACCAAGAGCCCGUCGCUUCUCUGACAGGCCCUCCUGCCGCCGCCCCGCAUCCCUGGGACGAGCCGCAGGCCGAACCACAGUCCCCGGACCGGCCCCCAGCCGCGGGCCUCGCCUCCACCACGGCCGCCGCCGAGGAGUCGGAGCCACAGCGCGAGCCUGUGAAGCGCGGGGACGCGAUAUCCAGCUCCGGGGCAGGGCUGCCCGAGCCGGCGGGCUGCGAGUCGCCGGAGGCCGCGGCGCCGCGGGACAAACCCGCGCGGCUGAGCGCCCGCGAGUACUCCCGGCAGGUGCACGAGUGGUUGUGGCAGUCUUACUGCGGCUACCUCACCUGGCACAGCGGCCUGGCCGCCUUCCCAGCUUACUGUGGCCCCCAGCCAUCCCCGCUCAGCUACCCCUCAGGCGGCGGCACCAACGCCCCCCAGACGGCGGCGCCGUCGCCCCUCCAGCUGGGCUAUUACAACCCCUUUUACUUCCUGAGCGCCGCGGCCGCGGGACCUGACCCAGGAGCGACUCCAGGCAUCUCCACCCCUGCUCCAGUCACGGGCCUGGGACCCCGGGCUCCUCACGUGCAGGGAUCCGUCCGGGCAACCCCAGUGACGAGGGUAGGAUCCGCCGCCCCUUCGCGAACCCCAAGCGAGAACGGGCGCCAGGCAGGCAGAGAGUAUGUUAUUCCAUCCUUGGUCCACAGAUUUAUGGCAGAGAUGGUGGAUUUCUUUAUCCUCUUUUUUAUCAAAGCAACCAUUGUCUUAAGCAUUAUGCAUCUCAGUGGAAUAAAGGAUAUCUCUAAGUUUGCUAUGCAUUAUAUAAUAGAAGAAAUAGAUGAAGAUACAUCAAUGGAAGACUUGCAAAAAAUGAUGGUUGUGGCUCUUAUAUACAGAUUAUUAGUUUGUUUCUAUGAGAUAAUUUGCAUUUGGGGAGCAGGCGGAGCUACCCCAGGGAAGUUCCUGCUGGGGCUUCGAGUUGUGACGUGUGAUACAUCAGUGCUUAUUGCACCAAGUCGGGUUUUAGUAAUUCCUUCCUCAAAUGUUAGCAUCACAACAUCCACUAUCCGAGCUUUGAUCAAGAAUUUUUCUAUUGCUUCUUUUUUCCCUGCUUUCAUCACACUGCUGUUUUUUCAGCAUAAUCGAACAGCCUAUGACAUUGUAGCAGGAACCAUUGUGGUAAAAAGAAAUGGGGUCAGAUGAUGCCCUCAAAAUCCUGAAUUCCAUACUCUCUGGAAUAAUGACAAGACUAUAUGUAUCAAGGCCAUCAGUAUCCCUGGGUUACAUUAAUUAAUGAUUUAGAAAUUAAAGCAGUCUCUCCAGUGUGAUACAGGUGACUAUUCUGAAAGUAUUGAUUUUACUUGAAUGCCAAAGAACUUUUCAAGAAAAACCUGUUAAAUUCAAGUGUUAAAAUUUUAGAUCAAAAAGAAGGCAAGUGGUUUCAUAAUCAACAAUGGACAAUAUAUGCUAAGGUCUAAGGCAUUAGAAUUUGCUGAAAGCAUUUUCAGCUUUGAAAUCUCCAAAUGAAACUUUAAAAAUUUAUUUUGGUUUACCCAAAAUGAUGGAAAAUGUCCAGUUGUGUUUUGUAAACACAUUAUUCAUCUUUCAGUUAAAACAUCUUGUGAAAAUUGUUGUCUUUGCUUUUUGGGGGAGUGGGGACACAAAUUUAAUAAUCAACUUCUCUCUCAUCCCAGGAGGUAGUGAGUUAGCUGCCAGAGAAAGGGGCAAGUGAGACAGGCCUAGCAAUUCCCUUACCUGAAGUUUUAAAAUCUGUAUUGCAGUUUACUGUGGGAAUGAUGUAACUUUACAACUGUUCUUAAUGCUUAAUAUGUAUUUUGGGGCAAGUAUUGCAUGAUGAUGACAAGGUAUUGUCAUUGCUAUAUUAACAUUGAUUUUCUUAAAAGGUAAGUUAGUGUUUGCUUUUCAUAUGGGGGGGAGUAAAUUUUCACUGUAAAUUUAACUUAAAAUUUAUGUGCAAGUAUUUUCAGUGCCCUAAAUCAAACUAUAAAUAUGUGGGGGGAAAUUAUUUCCAUCAAACUGUUGCAUAUUUACUGUAAAACAAUAUUCCCAGUACGUGUGUGCAUGAAGAAAGUAUUAGUGCUUUUCAGUGUUCUGAAUAUUAACUUCUUUUUAUACACAGGAUAUUCACAUAUUAGUUUCUUUUUAUAUUUUAUAUAGUUCCAUAACUUUUGAAACAUCAAGGAGUUAAAUAAUCUUAGUAUUUCAUGAUUAAAUACUACUGGUAGCCUGUGAAAUAUUAGGAAUUUUCCCAGUAUGAACUGUUCUCUCUAAAACAAAGAAGAGUAGCAUUUCCAGACAUUAUUCUAAGUUCUUUGGUUCGGUGGAUCAAAAGCUUAUAUUUGGGGCCUGCCAACGAUAAUGUUUUGAGGGAAACAUUAAGCAAAGUUAACACUUUAUGUAUUGCUAUUUUAAUUUAUUCUUUUAUGAAGCAAAGUUACGGUGUUUCAAGUGUGUGCGUGCUUUUGUUGAAUGGCCCAGUUAGCUGUGUUGAGAUAUACCCGAACUAAAAGUUUUGUUUCUUAGGCAUUUUCUCCAACUCUGAUAUUAUUUUCCAAAAAAACAAACACUAAAUUGUGUUGGUAAGUUCAUAAUUACAUUGCUUAAAGGAUCAAUCUAGGCUUUAUUUUUGGUCUUAAGUUUAUUACCAAAUGCAAGACACAUCUGUUUUCACUGUAUUAAGUUUUAAAGUGGGUUUUUCUUUGAUAUUUUAAAACUGAAAAUAUUCACAUUUGAUGGUUAUAGAGACCUUAACAGUGUCCUUAUUAAUUCAGAAUAAUUUUAUAUUAAAUCUAACAUCACAGAAAGCCUGUUGAGAGUGUCAAAGGAUUAAACAUAUCAUUCACUUGUAGCCUCUGGGAAGACAUUUGAAGUUUUACGAUCCUUCAAAGUAAAAAUAAAUAAAACUAAAUUUUUAUUAGACUAGAAAUUAGGAAAUGUUACAUACGCUUACCACUUAGUGUAUAUAUUAUCAUUAAUGUAUACACUAUUUUUGCCACUGAUUGGGAAUUCAAGUUGAAAUGUCCUUUAGUCAUUUAAUUCUGAAAUUUAUCUUUAAUGUAUAAUUUCCUCUGAGAUAAUUGGAUGGUUUACCAUUUAGGCUAUUUUUAUUUAUAUACUAAAACAGAAGCAAACAAGUCAUCUAGUUUAAUGUUAUACUUAAAAUAAUGUACAUUUUCUAUAAUAAGUCAUUCAAAUUAAUAAUCUAUGUAGGUUCAUUUAGAUCCAUCUCAGGAUUCAAGUUAUACUAUAUUGCUCUGUAAAGCAAACAUAAGUAUUAUUAAUUUGUCUGCUUUUAUAACAGAAAAUCGAAGUCUUAUUUAUGAAUUCAGCCCUAGGAAGAUUUUAAUUCCAAAAUUAUUGGGGGAAAAAAUGACCAUAUCAACAGGGAAGAAAAGGGAGCCAUAUUUUUUUCUCUUGAGGUUGUGGGGAAUAGAAUAAUCCCUCUCUUCAUAUCACUUUUCUAUUUAGUAUAUGUCAUUUACAGAAAUGCUGAUUUUCUGUGUCAAAGUAUAAUUCUAUGUUGAAGCUCUAGCCUGAAAAGGCUAAAAGAAAGUAGUCUUCGUAGUACAAACAUUAUUCAUACUUUUACAACAUCAGGGAACGCAAAUUAGGAAUCAAGCAAAGUGAGAAUACUAUUUCAAUGAACAAGCCCUAAAUAAAACCACAAAACAAGCAGUUAACUUAGGCAUGUAGAAAAUCUCAGUACCCAUUACUAAAGGGCCUGAGUGGCGGUGCACCUUGAGAAAGUCUGACGUACUAAUAUUCACGUUGGGCCUAGGGUCGGUAAGUGUAGGUAAGUGUAAGGGAUGGCAAGGCAAACCUUGCUUUUAGACUAAUCUGUGACUACAGAAAUCAAGCUAACACUUUUUGGGAUAGUAAGCCUUUACUUUAAAAUACUGCCCAACUGAUACUUGCAUCAGACUGGUUCAGAAGUUACUUCUACCUAAACAUUUACCUUCCAGUUUUACCCAAAUGUUUAAGAUUUGGGGAAAAAAGUAUUUGAGGACCACUUUGUCUAAAUUGUAUUUUAUUGUCUCAAAUCGUAGUAAAAACUGUUUUGACGCUAAGAUUUGUUCCCUUAAAGUGACUUGUUUGGGUGUUUCGUUUAUGCAUAAGUAUUUCCAGCAAAAAUAAGGUAGAAAUGAGUUGAAAAUUAAACUAUUUGCUAGUUAGGAAUAAAGGGCUUUUUAAGAGAAUAGCAUUAAAUAUUUUCAUUCCAUACUUAUCCCUAUUAAAACAGGCUAUUGUUUCUUUUGGAGAAUAUUUCUAAAUAACAGUAUUCCUAAAAUCUGACAAGUAUCAUUUCACUUACUUGCCGUUCCCCACCCCUCCAUACGUAAGGUCAAAAUCUUUACAAUAUAUACUUGCCUGGGUGAAGUUCCUCAUUUCAAACCAUACAUGUGUAUUUCCUUGCAGUUCAUUAUAGUAGGGCUUGACCCACAAACAGUAUCUGAUGGCCUGCCUAUAAAUAAAUUCAGCAUUCUAUUUUUAGUAAUUUGUAUGCCACCAAUUUGUAUUUGUCUCAAUAAAUACUUGGUCACAAAGGA